AUGGAGGAGGAGAGCCUGGAGGAGGGAGUCUGCGCCAUUUGUCAGGACCUCCUGAAGGAGGCUGUGAGCGCGGACUGUGGACACCUCUUCUGUCGUGCGUGCCUGACCCAGCACGUGCAGAAGGCUUCUGGGGACCUCUGCUGCCCGCUCUGCCGGAAGCCCUGUUCCGAGGGGGUGCUGGGGGAAGGCUACCUCUGCCACAGCCACCAAAAGAGGGUAUGCUGGUUCUGCGAGGAGAGCAAGCUCUUUCUGUGUGUGGAAUGUCUGGAGUCCCCUGAGCACCAGCCUCACCCAGAGCCCACCAUUGAGAACGCCAUCAGCCACUACAAGGAACGACUCACGCGCCGGAGCAGGAAGCUCAGGAAGGACUUGGCGCUGCUGCAGCGGCUGGAGGCCCUCGGGGCGGAGAGGCUGCAGGCCCUGCGGGUAGGCUGCGGGAACCACAGGCUGGACACCAAGCCGGAGAGCCUGCAGCAGACCGAGGGACAGCUAGAGGCCUUCCGUCGGCAGGGGCUGGAUCAGCUGGAGGGCCCCGCAGACAGGGCCGGAGCCCUCAGCCUCUCCGAGGCGAUAACACAGCUCAGCAGCCUGGUGGCUGAACUGGAGAGGACUGCCAGGGAGCUGGACCCCAGCACCCUGAAGCAUGCCAGUGACCUACUGAGCAGACUCACUCUGGAGCUGCUCCUUGCUGGCUCACUGGACAGCACCCCAUGGGAGGUCUCCCGGCAGCCUGUAGGAACCAGAGCUGCCUCCACCCUCGCCAUAGCAGUCAGGGGCCCACAUGUCACAGCUGUAAGGAAAUGGAGUCUGCUGACAACCUGAGUGGGACUGGAAGUGUGCACGGACAGCGCUCGUGUGCCCAUGGUGUGAGACCACGCCCAGCUCACAGUUAGUGUUCAGGAAAACUUCAAAUGGAUGCGGCAAAGAGCUAAUAAAAGCGUGAGGUCCCUGCCUGAUCCUCCAUGUUUAAAGGGCGUCAUUAACUAUCUUUUAGCCACGGUUUAUCGAGCUCUUGCCGAGAUAGUCAGUUCCAUGCUAGGUACUGAGGAAAUGAAGAAAAUAAUGUGACCACAGGAGUUGCCUUGUUGUGCUGCAAAAUGGAAAUUCAGUGUCAGACUGGAGUUUAAGCCUCCGUCCUGACUCCCAACAACUUUUGUAACACUGGACAAGCUCCUUCGCCUCUCUGAACAUCAGUUCUACUCCCUUUUAGAAAAGGCUUGCGAUUGUUUUAAGGAUGAAAUGUAAGAGUUGUACAUUCGUAGUGCCUACUGCAGUGCCUAACACAUCAUAAAUAUUCACAUGUAGUAAUCUCACCUCUUUUUAAACAUUGUAUUUCCAGAGCUGCAGGUACGGGAGAGUAUGUACACUAAAUUCAGUUGUCAGAGGCUAAGUGCUCCAGGAAUUCAAGGACAGAUGCAGGUGACACUGGAAAAGUCAGAGCAGGUUUUGUGGGGGACGUGGGGAACAGAGAGGCAGGAGAGAGAGGUGAGAAUAUUCUAGGUCAGUGUGUUGGUUUG